AGGAAUCACAGAACAAUGUGAUUGAUCUGCUGGAAACUGAAGAGGAUGGGGUAAAAAACAGAGGGGACAGUAGUGGUGAUGAAUUAGUGAUCGAAGAGGCAAACGAAGAUGAGCCUGUCAUAAAGGAUGAGGCUUUAUCUGAUGUAGAAGUGACUGAUGCAGGAAACGAGAAGGGUGAUAAAGACGGAGAGGGAUACCAACAGCCGUGAGGAGAUUGUGAACGCUGGAAGCAUUGAAAACAGGGAAGAUGAGGAGCCUCCCAUACUGAGAUUGGAGGAAAUAAGACAGCGAUAUGGUGACUUGUGUCAGAACAGUGGUGUCUUCCAGGAGAUGAUGCUGAGACUGAAAGCGGGAUGGCUGGCCCAGAACAAGGAAGGGGAGCCUUCCUUGGGGAGCUCGGAGCGAUUGCAGCUGAACCGGAUGAUGUGGGGGGGAGACGAAGUCAGCUUCCCUGGGCCCGAGGAGCAAGCCGGCGCCUCCGAGGGGCACUCGUUGGUGAACCACCGGGGGCCGAUCUCCAUUCCUUUCGGAGGGGGCUUUUUUGAUUUCAGCGAAUUUGCGAUCCAGCAGAGCUUCCUCCAGAAGAAGGGCCAAGAGAUCUCGAAAAGCUUUGGGGCGAGCCUGAGCCAAAGCGUGUCCUUGCGGGGGCCGGAGAAACCGCCGGCGGUGGCCGAGAAGCCGUACAAAUGCAACGAGUGCGGAAAGAGCUUCGGGAAACGGUCAACCCUGAAUACGCACGGGCGGACCCACACGGGCGAGAAGCCCUUCAAGUGCUCCCACUGUGACAAGCGCUUCAGCCAGAGCUCCCACCUUCAGCUCCACGAGCGGACCCACACGGGGGAGAAGCCCUACAAGUGCCUGCUGUGCGAGAAGAGCUACAACCAGCGCUCGAGCCUCAUCAUCCACGAGCGGAGCCACACGGGGGAGAAGCCUUACAUGUGUCUGGAGUGCGGGAAAAGUUUCAGCCAGAAGGCCACCUUGGUCCUCCAUGAGAAAAGCCACCGGGGGGAGAAACCCUACAAAUGCCUCGAGUGCGGGAAGGGUUUCAGCUUGAGCGCCGACCUCAUCCGCCACCAGAGCAUCCACACGGGGGAGAAGCCCUACACCUGCUCCGAUUGCGGGAAAAGCUUCAGCCAGAACUCUCACCUCAUGGCCCACAUCCGGACUCACACGGGAGAGAAGCCUCACAAGUGCCUAGAAUGUGGCAAGGGGUUCAACUGGAGCUCGGAGCUGAUCGCCCACGAGAGGACCCACACAGGGGAGAAGCCCUACCAGUGCCUCUACUGUGAGAAAAGUUUCAGCGUCCGCUCCAGCCUCAGCAAACACGAGCGGACCCACACGGGGGAGAAGCCCUAUAUCUGCCUCCAGUGCGGCAAGGGGUUCAUCCAGCGCUCCAGCCUGGUGGCCCACGAGAGAUCCCACACAGGCGAGAGGCCCUACAUGUGUCUGGACUGUGGGAAAUGCUUCCGGGAGAGCUCCCAGCUCAUCGCCCACGAGCGGACCCACACCAGCGAGAAGCCCUACCUCUGCCCCGAGUGUGGGAACUGCUUCAAGGCCAAGGCGGCCCUCGUCCGGCACCAGCGCAGCCACCUGGGUGUCAACUCCUUCAUCUGCGCCGACUGCGGGAAGAUCUUCUCGUCCAGCGCCGAAAACCCAGAUAAGUGCCCCGAGUGUGUGAAUUUGAACCUGAUGUCGGACUUCUCUCACGCCUCAGAAGAGGCCUAUCCAGACGUAGCGGAAGAAGCAGAAGAAGAAAGUGUGGAGAUGAAGAUGUGAAAAGGCUUUCUCCUCCACCCUCAGUUGAGCAGAGCCAUUCUGGAAAUGAUA